UUCAACGAUAGCACAGUUAUAUAGCAUUGAACGAUAAAACUGUAAAAUAAAAGCCGUGGCAAUAAUAACGUGGUAUUUCAAGCGUAAUUAAAAAAAGAAUUCAAUAAACGUUAAAAAUUACAUAUAACAGUAACAAUUUCGAAAUGAGUCGCAAGGAAGCAUUAUCGCAAUUUAUUCAACAAAUACAUGGACGUCCUGUUGUCGUAAAGCUAAAUAGUGGUGUAGAUUAUAGAGGUGUUUUAGCUUGUCUUGAUGGUUACAUGAAUAUAGCUCUUGAACAAACAGAAGAAUAUGUAAAUGGUCAAUUAAAAGACAAGUAUGGCGAUGCUUUUAUUCGUGGUAAUAAUGUCUUAUAUAUCAGUACACAAAAACGUAGAACUUAAGUAAAAUAAAUAUAUAAUUUAUAUUAA